AAACCCAGUAACAUCUCAUAUAUAUGGGGACAACAGUUUUACAGGAUCCGCCUAUUCAUUGAACGCGGGAAAUAAAACGCAAGGCGACGUAAACUGUGUAUUGUGACGUCACAUUUAGCCUCAACCUUUUUCAAAGCAAACAAUUAUAAACAACAAUAAUACAUUCCGUAUGCAAUGAAAAAGGCCGUUAUAAAACUAAACAAAAUUAACCAAUAAAUUCAAAAUGGUAAAAAUGUAACCGUAAUUUUAUCGUAUAUUCUUAUUUAAAGAAACUCAUGAACUCGUUCAUCUAUUUAGUCGUAUUACGGUUUUAUAUGUAAUUAUUUGCUAAAACCUGUUACAAUGAUAAUUAUACUAUUCACUUUGAACAAACUCAAUGUUUAAAUUACGAAUUGCACGUCAGAGUCUUCUAUUAUUGGCAUUCAAAAUAAAACACGAAUAACUGUUGAAGCAGGUGAUGAAAAAAUAAAUGGCGGCGCCCAUAUGGAUCACGAAAAUUUCAGUUAACGUAUAUAGAGAUUGUCUCUUUUUCUUUUGCUGAUUUUGACUUUUUUCUUUUACAUACGUGUUACCUUUAGAGCCUUGCUUCGCGGACGGGCCUUUGGCCCGUCCGAGCUUCGCUCGGUAUAACUUAUUUUGAAAAAGCGCUUGUGUGUAUCGCCCCCUUUUCCCGGCAUUGUUAUUUUCUGACCACCCCCUUCUUGAGACAGUAUAUUGUUUCACAAAUAAAAAAUAAAAUCUAAUAGAUAUACUGGAAAAGCGUUUGUGGUUACCGCCCCCUUUUCCCGGCUUUGUUAUUUUCUGACCACCCCCUUCUUGAGACAGUAUGUUGUUUCACAAAUAAAAAAUAAAAUAAAAUGGAUAUACUGAAAAAAGACUUUAAUUACGACUUUCCAAUUUUAUUACCCUUUUUCGGGCUGCCAUCUUUUAACAAAUUGUUUUAUGAACCUAUCCAAUAAAUAAGAGGUUUUCAACUCCCGUCUCACCGAAAACCACAUUGAAAAAGGUGAAAAUAAUUCUCUCAAUGAUUUCCCCCCAAAAUAGCCUUUUUAAAUCGAACUUGCUUUUAAUUUCAUAUUUUUAAGAUAACCGAACUACAAUUUAAUUCUAGUUCUACACCUGGUAUAAUAUACAUAAAUGUAUAUGUAUCACAUCAACUUUUAAAGCGGACAAGCCCGGUGUGUAUGAAAGGUUUUUCUCAUUUUUGAUCGAUUUAGUUGGUACCUGUGCCGGUAUCCUGCCAGUAGAUUGACGUGUGCUCUUUCCAUUCUCUACCCAUAGGUGUCGCUGCUCGCUAACACCUCCGUCAAUGUCGAAAUAUUACAAGAUUCUUAUAAAACACUUUGUAGAUAUAUAAACAUUUAACUUUGCUUAAUCAAUUUUUACUGCACAAUUAUGAGAUAAAAUAAAUUGUUUUACCGCUUGUAAAUAAAUUCUUAUUUUGAUUUUAAUCAAAACAAAGCACGUGUGUCCGACUUUGGUGUUAUCUUACCUAUGUACAGAAAUAAUUCCAAUUCUUAAAUUUCCGCUCCGUUUCCCGUUCCGCGUUUUAGCGAAACCGUGGCAGGUAAGUUAUACAGUAUGUGGAUAUGUAUUUUAUUACAUUAAGAAUUUUAUUUUACAUUUGAGAUCUACAUCGGUCUAUUGUGUGCUUGAAUUGAAGAUAAUGAUGAACUUCAAUAUUCAGUUGUAAACUUGCUUCCGUAUCUAUGGAUAUUAAAUGAGUUUAAGUUUGCGAUCGGAUUUAAUGUUCAACAUAAAAAAAAAAAACAACGUAGGAGGCGUCGUGUUUUUAAAAAUUGCAAAUAAACACUUCCACGAAUCUAUAAGGAAAGUAGAGUGUUGAGAAGAUUACAAACUGAUUAUUAAAUAAGAAACAUAUUUUUAGGAAGCAAGAUGGACGAUGUGCUUUAGUGUCACUCAACAGAAGAACAUCCUGAAAGAAGAUACACUGAUAGGAAAACCCAGCAGGUGAGCAAUAUGUAAAUACUACUAUAGACGAAUGAAAAAAUGUCUUCCCAUAAACGAAAACAGGAUCAAGACUUUCGCUUUGUAAAGCAUAGGCGAUAUGAAGUUGCACACUCCUCUACAGAUAACUUGUCACGUGACUCACAGUCACGUGGCGAGCAGGACAGCCAGCACGAACGAUUUGAUCAGAGGCAUGACUGGGAAGGCAUGGAGUCCAGGAAUAGAGGUAUACCCCGCAAGAAAAAAAUAAAAAGAAACCCUAUCUGGUCUAGUAGAGAUAAUGCGGGUGUUUCAGAAUCAUUCAAGCACUGGUCUACAGACACAACAGUGAUACCUUCUACCUUUCCGCAAAGUUCUAGCCACACGCAAAAUGAUUCCAGAGAAAUGAACCUUCCAUUCGAGGAAGACCAGGCUGGAAUCAGAGUAGUUGAUGCCAGACACAAAGGUACUUUUACAGGAAAUUUUGAUAGGAAAGAUGAUACAAAAAACAGCAUAACAAGUCCACCCUUCAGCCAGCAACAACGAUUUGAUGAGAGGUAUGACUGGAAAGGCAUGGAGUCAAGGGAUAUACGUCCACCCGACAGGAGAGGGAUAAGAAGAUGCAAUAUCUGGCCUAGCACAGACGAUGAUGGUGUUUCAGAGCCAUUCAAGCAUUGGUCUACCGACAGAUCAGUAAUACCCUCUACCCUUCCUCGAGCCAAGUACAAAGGUACAUUCAGAGGUGAUCCCAAAUACAGUCAGAAAAGCGAUAGAAAAAACAGAAUGACAAGUUCACCCUCCAUCGCAACUUGCUCGUCAUAUAACCAAACCAGUCCGUCGUACCACCAAGCCAGUUUAAACAAGGACAUUUCAUUUAGACAAACACCAAAGCAAACAUAUGUUCCUUACAUUGCACACUGCUCUAAGAAAGGCAGAGAGGUUCUUAAAAGACAUACCAACACCAAUAGGUAUUAUUUCUUACACUCUCCGCCCAAGCGAAUACCUACGGGAGAUAACACAAUGCAACGCAUAUUUGGAAUACGGGACUUUGAUAACUUUAACGUGAAAUAUCUUGAUGAAUUCAAGACUUUAUUAAAGUCCAAAGAAAAAAUCUCCAACGAAAAUCUUCAGCGUGUGAUGAGCAUUUUAGACCAUGUCUUUGUAGAACCAAAUGCGGAUUUGUGUGAAGCGCUAAUGGAAGGCGAUUUCUUUGAGAGACAUGAUCUCAUGGCCUUUGUAUCAGAACUUCUGAUUCGCUGCGAGUUAAGUAACUCUGAUGAAACUUUCAUGCAGCAUUCUUCCCAGGUGCUAAUUGCUCUGUCUUCUGAAACUAAUACGAAAGCCCAUAAACUCAAGGCUUUUUUGAAUUUGAUAAUUGCCUUGGCAAAUAAAGCAAACAAACAAGAAAUGAAGAGCACUUUAUCAGAAAUAUCAGCUCUAAUCAACAUGAAAGAAAAGAGAGAGAAUUUAGAGGCAGACGAAAAAGGACAGAUAGUCUUUAGUGAGUCCAUGAAAAAAGAGCUUUCUACUCUUAUCAAAUUUGAAAUUUUGCCAACACAUGCCAUGAUUAGGGAUAACAUUAUCCCGAUAUUACUUCCCAGAAUGUUAAGAAGUGCACCAAAGUCUCAAGCACAUUACCUCGUAGAACAGUUCUAUUUAUUUUUAGAAGAUUUCAUUGGUCCAUUACGACGAGGGUUACGGAAUUACAUGGCAUAUGUAUCGACUUCCGAUAAGAAAACAAAUGGAAGAUUCACCGAUGAGAGUAUAAGGCUGUAUGAAGGAAUACGUAUUUUGGAAUGGAAAUGUGUCCCUGAUUCCGGUAUUGUGAUAGAAAUCCAGUUUGAUGUUAUAGGUUUCAAACGGGUGCAGUGGGAUUUCUGCAAUUAUCUGCAGUAUGGAAAUGUUGUCUGUUUAACACAUGGCGAUUGUGAAACACUGGUGUACGCACUAAUUACAGAACGAAAACCUCAGAGUUUGAGAAAGGGAAAGAUUUCCCUGAGUUUGGUUGAACAAUGCUCUCAAACAAUCGAAGAAUUCAGGUCAGUUGCAAACGGACAGAUUGUUAUGCUGGAGAGCAAAGCAUUUUAUACUGCAUAUCGACAUACUCUGGAAUCCAUGAAGUCCAUUGCGAGAAAGAUGUUAUUAAAAGAUAAAGAUGCCGGAAUACCUUUUUCGAAGCACAUCGUUGAACUUAAAACCGAUGUCCUGGAGCCUUUAUACAGCAUAGAGAAAAAUGGUGAGGUAAAGCUAGUCAACUUUGAGUGUUUAGUGCAAAGCACCGAGUAUUCAACAGACAAGGAUUACUGGAGAGUUUCACUCCUAAAUACCAAUGAAUGGCCAUCAGCAGAGGUGGUUGGCAUGGACGAACAACAAUACUUGGCUUUGAAAAUGUGUCUUACCAAAAAACUUGGAAUCUUACAGGGACCCCCAGGUACGGGGAAAACAUGGAUGGGUUUACGGAUUGUUGAAUUCAUGCUGAACAAUAAUUUGGGAUACGAGGAUGGAGAAAACAAACCUAUUUUGUUGCUCAGUUACACAAAUCAUGCGCUCGAUCAGGUUUUCGACGCAUUAUUUGACAUGGAUAGUCUCAUGAAAUUGUUCUCAUCGACAAAAAAUCCCUUUGUUCGUGUUGGGUCACGUAGCAAUAUCGAAAGAAUUCAGAGGUGUACUUUGAUAGAGCACAGAAAACAAAGGAAAUCAAGUAGAUCAAGUUUUUACUGGAGAGAACUAAUGAAGCUAAAGCAAAGUCUCUUCGAAAAAGAACUCUGGUUAAAGAAAAUUAAGAAUAGUAUAGUUUCCCCCACUUUUCUAUUUGAAGAAGGCUGUGUUUCGGAGAGUCAAAGAUCCUCGCUUCAAUACAGGCAAUGUUUGUAUAAUGGAACAGAUGAAGUUGGUAUUAUUUUUCAGUGGCUUGAAAUAGAUGAAAACAAAUAUUUCAAUGAAUUAACAUUAACAACAAAACGGACGGAUUGUUCGAAAGAAGAACGUUGGACACUGGAUGAACACGAUGAAGGACUUUUUAAAGCACAUCUGGUGAACAGAAUUGUUGAGGAUACUGAAAAUUUGAAUUUUGAUAAAGAAAAAUCCCUCAAACAAGUCUUACUAAAUCUUCUUAUAGCGGAGGAGCUUUUACUACCACGAGACAAGGCCAAUCUUCAUCCUUGUUGGCAAUGGUACGGUUUGAAAGAAAGAGAAAGCAUUUUGAAAUACGUUUCCCGAAGAUUACGAUUGGAUGCUACAAUGAGCCAGGAUGAAGUCCAGGAUGUUGAGGACGUGUGGUGUCUUUCAAUCGACCAUAGAUGGCGAAUUUAUAAAUCUUGGAUACAGAAAUUUCAAGACCACCUCGAGAGUGACAGAAACACUUUGAUGGAACAAUUCAGAGAGGUACAUACUAAGUACAAGAACCAAAAAACUGUUGAAAAUAUCAAUAUCGUCUCAAAUUGCUCGCUUGUUGGUAUGACAACAACAGGAGCUGCACAAAAUAUGGAUCUUUUGAGAAAGAUACAACCAAGAAUUGUUAUUGUUGAAGAGGCAGCCCAGGUCUUUGAACAACACAUCUUAGGAUGUCUUACAAAUGACUUACAACACUUGAUACUUAUUGGUGAUCAUCAGCAGCUGCAACCUGCGGUAAACAAUUACCAAUUAAUGAAAUCUCACAAAACCAAUGUUUCGUUGAUGGAAAGACUGGUAAUGAAUAAUCUACCCUUCGUCUGUUUAUCACAACAACACCGAAUGAGACCAGAAAUAUCCUCAUUGCUUACACCCACGAUAUACAAGAACCUGAAGGAUCAUUCGAGUGUGUUGUCGUAUGAACAUGUACAAGGGAUUCAACAUGAUGUUUUCUUUCUUAAUCACACCAACCAGGAGAGUCAAUCUGAGUACUCAACCAGUCAUAGGAAUGAGUUUGAAGCACAAAUGAUUGCAAGACUGUGUCGCUAUUUGCUGUUACAGAGAUAUAGCAAAAACGACAUUACCAUUCUGUCAGCUUACAAUGAUCAAGUAAAGGUGAUCAGAAAUUAUAUGAAGGAUCUGGAGAAUGAUUUAUCUGUCACAAGAGAUGAUGCGAAUCAAAGAAUAUCUAUUACAGCAGUGGAUAAUUUUCAAGGCGAAGAAAACAAAAUAGUUUUGUUGUCUCUUGUACGAGGCAAUGCUGAAAAGAAAAUUGGUCAUUUGCAUGACAUCAAGAGAAUUUGUGUUUCUCUUUCAAGAGCAAAACAGGGUUUUUAUGUCAUUGGAAACUUUGAUACGAUUCGAAAAAGCAAAACUUGGAAUGAAAUAAUUUCGAAAGCGGAAGGACUGGGUUUAUAUGGAGAUUAUAUCCCUCUUCACUGUGUAAAUCACCCUGAGACAAUUACAAAGGUUUUCAAACCAGCCGACUUUGAUUUGGUACCAGUUGGAGGAUGUAUCGAACCUUGUGGGUAUCAGUUGGAAUGUGGUCAUACGUGUGAUUUAAAAUGUCAUGCUGAUGCAACAUACCAUGAUAUUCCAUGCAAGAAAUUAUGCACAAAGAUUGUUUGUGAUAAAGGACAUAAAUGUGAUAAAGAAUGCUCUCAUCCGCGGUUGUGUGGACCUUGCGAAGUUGUCGUAACAAAAAUUUACACGAAAUGCAACCACCAAGUACAAGUUGGAUGUUCAAUAUCUUUGGAAACCUACCACUGUCGAGAGAGUUGCAGCAAGGUAUAUCCCUGUGAUCAUAUUUGCCAACAGGACUGUGGCAUCCCGUGCCAACCAGAUCAAUGCUCAAUUCCUCUACCAGUUAUACAUCCAAGAUGUGGCCAUGAAAUCGAAGUUCCGUGUUGCCUACGUUCCAAACUACAGAAAGUAAAAUGUACGCAAAAGUGCGAAAGUGUAUUGCCUUGUGGCCAUGCCUGUAAAGGAGAUUGUUACGCCUGUUCUAGUGGAAGGCUCCAUGUGGUGUGCGAAGAAUUAUGUCAGCGUGUCCUUGUAUGUGGACAUUCCUGCAACAAUAAACAUCCGUGCUCCACUGCUUGUCCGCCUUGUAAUAAACCUUGUAUGUCUGGCUGCAGCCAUCUUGGAAAACGUGGAUGCCGUCGAAGGUGUGGAGAAAAAUGUAUCGAAUGUAGAGAACCCUGCAUUUGGAGCUGUGACGAACAUUGUAAAAAUGGGUACCAUUGCACAAACCAGUGUUUUGAAGAAUGUGAUAGACCCGCAUGUAAUAGAAGAUGUAAUAAAGAUCUACCCUGUAAACAUCGUUGCGUUGGUAUAUGUGGAGAACCAUGUCCCACCCUGUGUAGAAGAUGCGACAAAAAUAAAUUGACCGAUAUUUUCUUCGGAGACGAGGACGAUCCUUACGCCUUGUAUAUACAGCUCGUGGACUGUAAUCACGUCUUUGAAGUCAAAGGAUUCGACAAAUACAUGAACAUGGAGGUACAAAGAAACAAGGAAUCCGUUUCAGAAAGCUGUGCAAUAAAACUGAUACGGUGUCCUUUGUGCCAGACACCAAUACGGCAAAGUAGAAGAUACAAAAAUACAAUACUUCAAAACUUAAAGGAUAUAAAUGCUGUGAAAACGUCAAUGGAAAAUGAGAGAAGCUGCAGCGGAAGUAAGGGCGUGGAUGAAAUUAAGCGCACUCAGUUGAUUGAAGGUCUUAUUUUUGAUGAUGAUGUACAUUUUUUAAACAGAUUUUCCAACAUUCGUUUCACAAACAAAACUGCAGAAAAAUUUCACAAAUUCUUUGUUCCAAAGGUGAAGGAAAAAAUUAAGACAGCCCAAAAGGAGCCUUCAGAGAUCAGCGAAAUUAAGGAACAAUCCCUUAUUCUUGUAAAUUGGUUACUACGACACAAGGAUAGUAUGUUUACUGAAUAUGAAGUUCAUCAAUUCAGUGAGGAAGUAGACAGAUUCUUUCUUUUUGUAGACUUUGUUUUGCUAUUAGAUGUUAUAGACCUUAAAAAACCGUCCCAAAUCACCGGAGACGACAGAACCCGAGUGACACAACAAGUUGAGGAUCUCAGAUGGCCCACUCCAAGGCAACUGGAAAUAGAGGAAAUGCUUCACUUGAAGGAGACAUUGCGUGCAUUACAAGAAAAAUUGCCACUUUCUGGACUGGGGAUAUCUGAGGACGAGAAAAGAAUGAUUUUGAAGGCUUUUAGCUUCAAAAAAAAGGGCCAUUGGUAUAAAUGCAAAAAUGGUCACAUUUACGCUAUUGGAGAAUGUGGUGGUGCUAUGGUGGAAUCCAAGUGUCCUGAGUGCGAUGAAACUAUUGGUGGUGGUAGUCAUCAACUGCGAGAAGACAAUGCUGUUGCGGGUGAGAUGGAUGGCGCAACGUAUUCUGCCUGGUCUGAACAAGCCAACAUGGCCAAUUAUAAUUUUGAUUUCUAAUUACCCAGAAAUUGUCUUGAAAACCAAUCAAUUACUUUAUUCUAUGUUAUAACUAGGGAGUGAUUUUUACUCUUGAAUAUAGCCAUAUUUCGGGGGAUUGUUAAGAAAUUUUAGAUACCGUAUAUCCUGUGGUUUAGGUCAUGUCAAUGGUUUUUAAGGGUGUGUAACCGGAACCAGUCUGUUUGUAUACCCACAGUGCUCCCUACCUAUAUUGAAUUCUGCAGGGCCACCACAAACUCAAUUAUCAUUUGUUUUAGAAUGUCACUAAAUUCAAUUCCAAAUAUAUUCAUAGUCCCAUGAAUUUAAUACAAGCGGAGCACACUGCAUAUUAUACAAAAUAGUAUAAAUACUAUUAAUGGUUCAAAAUAUUUGUCAACCCAGGUUCGUGUAUUCUUGAACUAUGUCCAUUAUGAGACCAGAAGUCUUGAAUUAAAACACCAGUGUAAGAGUUUACAAUUUAUUAAGAGAUCGGAAGUUAAUAUAAUAUAGGAAUAACAACUGCGAACUUAGAAAAACUUACCAAGUGAAAAUAAUGAAAAAUAACCUGAAAAUAAGGGAAGGAGUAGAUCCAAGAAAACCAAAAUAUGUCUACAUGUAUAAAGUACAGUAAAGGACCUUCACACUUUUCAAAGUGAUUCAAGGCCUUGAAAAUAACGUCAAAAAUAUCCUACACUAUCACUCAUGUGGCAAUAUAAUAUUUAUUCUACCUAUGAAAUAUAAGUCCUAUGUAGAGAAAAUCGUACUUAACAAGAUUAAUAAUAUUUUCUUAGGUAAGAGAUCUACCUCACCUUGAGCCAGACUUCAAGGUUGGGUUUUAAUUACAGAAAGAAUUUAAUUCAUUGUCAAAACGGGACAGUAAGAGAAAUUUAGGCGAGAAAAUCAUGCAGCAAAAGGUCGCACAAUGCCUAGCUAAUAUUAGUAGGGAAAAAGAAAAGUGAUCAAACCUUGAUGUCCUUUACCACAACCCAAAGUAACUUGAACGAGCCGCGUUCACGUUUUUAUAUCCACUAUAACCAAUUAAACUCGAUUUUACAAUAUCCCGCCCAACGAGUGAAACAUAAAAUCUGAAACGUUUAAAGCUGAGACCCCUGACCAAUCAAAAACGUUGUUUUAUAAAUAACUUCGAGAGAACUGUCAAAAUGGAGGACAUUUUCCUGUCAAAAUACACGUGCUCUCUCAAAACAAAAUAAAUGUGGAAAUAGUGAAAUACAGGACAGAAAUCAAAGAAUUAAGGACAGGAAAAUAACUAAAUAGUAAAGGUAAGGUUAUUUACGCUAGAUAAGAAAUUUAGACACGUUUUGGAAUGAUAAAAAUCAAAACUAUUACGGAUAAUUAAGGUAAAUCAUUUUGGCUUUUACAAAAAUUGUGUUCAACAUAUUUGAAUAAUUUCGCCAAAACCUCGUAACAUCGGGUGGUGUACAUUGCAGAGUACUUCGAAUAAAGGAACAGGGUGGCUUAUAAGAUCAUGUGACAAUAAAUGAGGGGUGUGGGAUCCUUUCUGCUAAUGUUGAAUGUUUCUAAUUUCACUUAACCAUUGAACAUCUGUAUACGUGUAGCGACAAAGAUUUUGGCGACAUAACAGUUUUUGUCAUGUUCACCAGCUUUAUAAAGUUCGGGUAACCUUAACAAUGCUGCACACACAUUUAUAUAAUCAUCUUCUCAUCAGCGUAUCUAACGUCAUUAGGUGCACUUUAAUUUACCCACGUGACACUGAGUUACUUUAUCAAUUUUGAUAAUUGUGUUGAGGAAGAACACUCCACUUUCAGCAGGAGAAGGUAAUGCUACAACAUUAUAAUGAUGUACAUGUAUCGCAAAACGAAGAUGGUGAUUAAAAUGUACACUGAAUACUGGGGACUAUUUCUACUCUCAAUCUCUGUGCGGAAGCGCAAUGGGCUUUACCACACACAGACAUUGAGCGGACAUAUUUCUCGUAUUCAGUCAAUAUUCUAUGAUUGGGAGAGGGCCUACAUAGGCUAUGCCUGUUGCCCGAUCCUGUUGAGUUUCUCAAUAAAAUAUGUUUAAAUUGAAAUAUUCUAUCAUUAUUAACUUUCCACAUACAUAGCGAUAUUUAUAUUAUACAUGUAAUAUUAUGAUUUCGUCCCUCUGAUUAUAAUUGUUUUCGUUACCCUAACACGUGUAUUUGAUGUUAUUGUUUUCGUUACACGUGUAUAUGAUGUUGCACAUAUAAUUUCUACAUAUUAUCUUAAUAUGUAAAUUCCUGCUUUUAGUUCCACUUUCAAUGAAUGUAUUUUUGAUAAUAAAAAAAUAAAAAACAUCAUACCUUU